AUGGUUUUGGAUAAUACUAAUUCUGAAGUAGAUUUUGAAGGUCUAUUUAACACAUUUCGAGAACAUCAACUUCCUUAUUAUCCAGAUAUUGGAGUAUUUUCUUUUAGAGAUCCAAGAACUCAUUCACAUCCUAUAUCUGAAGGAAUUCAUUUAAUUGAAAGUACAAAGAGAAUCAUUCUAAAGAAUCAUCCGUCAUCAUAUUAUUACCAUUUUAAUAAAAAUAUCAAUUUACAAUAUUUCAAUCAAUUAUCAGAUAGAAUUUGCUUAACAACAUCUACACCCAUACAAAUAGAUAGUGCCGCCUCUGAAAAUAUUAGUGAGCUUAUAACGUCUACUGAAGACAUAAAACUAUUUUUCUUUUGUGAUGGUUUUUGCUGUGACCAAGUUUGUUGUAGUAUGAAUCCAGUCAUUUUAACAUUGUUAUUUACUUUCAUUGCCAUUCUAAUUUUAAUUGUUUUGACAUUAUUUGUUGUCUGGAGGCAUAAUAUUCUUCAAAAACAAUUUGCUUAUAAAAAAACUCAACGUUUUGAGAUGAAUGACGAUGUUUCUGAUACCACUAAUAGAACAUAUCAUAAUUUAUCUCACAAAGAAGCAAAAAUUACAUCUCUUAAUCAUAUUACUCCUAAAACGGCAGUAGCAUGUAAAACUGAUUCAGUUUUUUCAAAAGUUUGUAAAAUUAAAACAUUUCUUUUUGAUGGUAGAAAUAUUGGUAAUCAAAUAAACAAUUAUGAUAAUGAUUUAUUAUGUGAUGAUGAUUUUAAGGAUGAUAUUUUAGAACUUGAAAAUGAUACACUUAUUGCUGAAGGAGUAUUUGUUUAA